AAUGACAGUUGUCAUUAAUAAAAAAAUGUCAAUUCUUUGAGUGAUAAUUUUUCAAAUACAGAAUGAAUAUAAACGUUAAAAUUUUCGUUCAAUUUUUGAUGGUAAUUAAUUUUAUUGAUAAAAAAAAUUUUGGAUAUUGUAAACGACAAAAUAUUCUUUUAAUCGUCGUCGAUGACCUCCGACCUUCCUUAGGAAUUUAUGGCGAUAAAAAUGCUUACACUCCAAACAUAGAUAGUUUAUCAAAAAGAAGUUUUGUGUUUAAGCAUGCUUUUUGCCAGCAAUCGUUAUGUGCACCGAGUCGCAACUCCUUCCUAACAAGCCGUCGACCUGAUACUCUUCGUUUAUACGAUUUUUAUAGUUAUUGGAGGGACUCUGUAGGAAAUUUUACAACUUUACCCCAACAUUUUAAAGAACACGGUUACAUCACGCAUUCUAUUGGGAAAGUUUUUCAUCCCGGAAUUUCAUCAAACUUUACCGACGAUAAUCCAUACAGUUGGUCAGGAAAACCUUUCCAUCCAAUCACCGAAAAAUACAAAGACGCUAAAACAUGCCGAAAUAGAGAUGGAACAUUAGGUGCAAAUCUAAUUUGUCCCGUUAUAGUUAAAGAACAACCCAAAGGAACACUACCGGAUAUCGAAAUUUUAGAAGCUGCAAUUGAUUUUUUAAAAACGAUUCAAAACGAGAAAUGCCCAUACUUUUUAGCCGUUGGAUUUCAUAAACCACACAUUCCAUUUAAAUUUCCCGUCGAAUAUUUGAGAUUUCAUCAGUUAAAUAAAAUAAAGCUCCCUAAAAAUCAUGCGAGACCAUCCAGUAUGCCAACUGUCGCUUGGAAUCCAUGGACGGACGUCCGAGAACGCGAAGAUAUCGAUAAAUUAAACAUUUCAUUUCCGUUCGGAGAAAUGCCUUUGAAUCAAACGAAAGAAAUAAUCCAAGCGUACUCCGCUUCGAUUUCUUAUAUCGACGAUCUCAUUGGAACGUUAUUACAACAAAUCGAUAGGAAUACAAUUGUUGUUUUACUUGGAGAUCAUGGUUGGUCUUUGGGAGAACAUGGCGAAUUCGCAAAAUAUAGCAAUUUUGAUGUUGCAACUCGAGUACCUUUGAUUAUACAAGUUCCAGGAAUGACACAAACAAUGAUAGUUCUUGAUGAUUUAGUAGAAUUGGUCGACUUAUUCCCGACUUUAGUCGAUUUAACACAAAUUACAUCAAGUUUAGAACCUUGCCCAAGAAUUUGUGAGGAUUCCACUUCGAAAUUGAGUCUUACAUGUACGGAGGGAAGAAGUUUAGUACCAAUUAUGGUAUCUUCUUUACAAAGAAAGAAUGUUACAGAUAAAGACGCGGUUUUUAUGCAAUAUCCUCGUCCAGGAACGUUCCCUUCGUUAAUGCCAAAUAGUGAUAAACCCCGCUUAAAAAAUAUUAAAGUAAUGGGAUAUUCAAUUCGGACGAAAACGCAUCGAUACACAGAGUGGAUUGGGUUUAAUUCCAAAAAGUUUAAAAGGAAUUGGAAGAAAGUUUAUGGAAGAGAAUUAUAUGAUCACAAUUUAGAUUCUCAGGAGGUUUUAAAUUUAGCUGAAAGGGAGGAAUUAAAACCUCUUGUGGAGUAUUUUAGUAAACGGUUACGUGGAGGAUGGAAAAAUGCUUUUUUGUGAAUACAAUGUGUUAAUUAAUUAAUUAUCGUACGUGACGUCAUCAUUGCAAGUAUG